AUGCUGAAUCUAUCACGUGCCAUGAGCAUGCAAAUAGCGUGUCCAUCUAGCUUCAUAGCGCGUACAAUGAGCGUAUCCAAGCUCAGUCUUGAGAAUUUGGCGCAGCGUCAGAGCCUCAAAGGGGCACGCGUACUAGUGCGUGCUGAUCUGAACGUGCCGCUUAAGAAGAAUGUAACGCCCGCUAUUAUCACGGACGAUACGCGUAUCCGUGCCGUCUUACCGACACUCAAACUGCUUCAAAAUGCGGGUGCUCGCACGGUGUUGUGCUCGCAUCUGGGCCGUCCUGACGGUGAGACAAAGAAUGAGCUCCGUCUUACGCCCGUAGCCACACGUCUUGGUGAGCUACUUGGUAGCCCCAUUAUAAACCUAGACGACUGCGUCGGUCCACAGGUGGACGUAGACAUUGAAGCGCUUAAGGACGGCGAGAUCGUGCUGCUCGAGAAUGUUCGUUUUUACAAACAAGAGACAAAGAAUGAUCCCGAGUUUGCCAAGCAGCUCGCUCACGGUGCUGAUAUCUACGUCAAUGACGCGUUCGGUACGGCUCAUCGUGCUCACGCUUCUACGGAAGGUGUGACCAAUUACAUCAAAACCAACGUGGCAGGGUUUCUGAUUGAGAAGGAGCUCAAGUACUUGUCCGGUGCAGUGGACACCCCCGUACGUCCAUUGGGUGCUAUCAUUGGCGGUGCCAAGGUGUCUACCAAGAUUCCCGUGCUCAAGUCUUUGCUGCAAAAGUGUGACAAGAUUAUGAUUGGUGGUGGCAUGAUUUUCACGUUCUACAAAGCCCAAGGUCUAGACGUAGGCAAAUCUAUCAUUGGGGAAGACAAGGUCGAGCUCGCUAAGGAGAUUCUAGACGAGGCCAAGAAACGCGGGGUGCAUAUUGUGCUCCCCACUGACGUCGUGAUUGCUGACAAGUUUGAUGCAGAUGCUCAGUGGAGGGUUGUACCCGCUAACGCUAUCCCCGACGACUGGUUGGGUCUGGACAUUGGCCCGGACUCACAGACCUUGUUUGCAAAGGAGCUGAAGGAGUGCAAGACUGUUGUGUGGAAUGGCCCCAUGGGUGUCUUUGAAUUUCCCAACUUUGCUAAAGGUACGAUCAGUGUGGCUGAGGCUCUUGCGGCGAGUACGGAUAACGGCGUCACCACCAUCGUCGGAGGCGGUGACUCUGUGGCCGCUGUCGAGCAAGCCGGUCUUGGUUCUAGGAUGAGCCAUAUCUCCACGGGUGGCGGCGCUAGCCUGGAGUUGCUCGAGGGCAAGGUGCUUCCGGGUGUAGCUGCUCUGAACAACGUGUAA